AUGGCAGAAGAGACGCCGCCAGCUCCACCGCCUCCGCUUUUGCACAGGAGUGCUUCGGCUGGUGGCAUUCCUGUGUUUCGAGGUUGUGACAUUGUGAUCAAGAGCCGGUCAGAGCUGAAUUUCGAUGGACUCACCCCUGCUCCAGACCGAGUUUGGUAUGGCCAGAUGGCGAUGGACAUUGCAGGGGAUGAGUGGUCUGUGGACAAGUUCUUGAAUUACGGCGCGGAGGGGCAGACUUAUCUGGUUAAAAGGACUGCAACCGGGGAGAAGUUCGCUGCUAAAUUCUGCAACAAGUUCGACUCCAUGGAAGUCAAGCUUGUCCAAGAACUUCCACGCCAGCUGGUAAUUCACGACAACUUCAUCAAGUACGAGAUGAUCGUUUUGGACGUGCAUGAGCAGCUCUCCCCGGCUCACCACAUAAUCUUCAUGGAGCACAUUCCAAAUGGUGAGCUCUUCGACGUUUUGGCUUCCCCGGAGCCCUCCGUUGCCGGCAAGCCUUUGAGUGAGGGCACCUCGAGACGGAUCUUGCACGAUGUCAUCAGCGGCAUGGCUGAAUGCUAUAGAUACGGAGUGACGCACCGCGACUUGAAGCCCGAGAAUCUUCUCAUCAACGAGCAAGGCCGUAUUGUCAUCAUCGACAUGGGCCAUGCAAAGCGAGUCAGAGAAGCGGGAGGUCCAAGCCCGCCAUCCGCACUCGCGCUUGCAAGAGCUACCACGACAAAUCCUUACGGAACGCCGGCGUUCAACGCACCAGAAGUAUCAGGAGGCCGAGCCUAUGACUGUGAAUGGUCCGAUGUCUGGAGUGUGGGAGUGAUUGCCUUCUACCUCCAUGGGAAGCUUCCGGCCUUCAGUGCGGGAGGUGGGGUUGUAAGCUGGGAUGACGUCAGUGGAACGGGCAAUGAUGACUUGUGGCGAAAAAUUGCCACUUGUGGGUACUAUCCGCAGUUCCCAGAGGAACUGAAGGGCUUCAUCAAUGCCUUGUGGCGGAUUGAUCCUGCUGAAAGGCCAAGGUUUAACCAGUUAGAAAAGGCAAUAACUGGGGACACUGAGACCCUUAAUCACUUUCCCGGUCUGCAGUGGCUGGCUCGCCCAGUCAAUGAUGGUGCAGACUUUAUUGAUGAACUGUCCCGAAGUUGUCCGAACAACUCGUUUCACCUAUCAGGUGGCCCCAUAAAGAGGUGGUAG